GAGGCUGAAGAGCAUGGCGUCCGCCUUCACCCCCUCCCUCCUCUCUUGGCUGAGCCCUGCGGCCGCGCGGGUUCCCAGUGGGGCCCCCCCCCGGGGGGCCUGUCCCUUCAGGUCCUCCCAGCUGCCUGACACCCCUCUGCCCCCAGCGUGGACCCCCAGAGCCCCCAGCUCUUCCCACUCCUGGUCCAGCAGGACGGGGUCCCCGCGGCACCCUGGACAGGCGGGCGAUGGGCAGCCCGGCCCCUCCCGGGAGGCAGCCCCGUGGGGUGGGGAGGGGGGCGGGCACUGCGAGCCACCCAUGGUCGAGCGCGUCACCUCGGUGCGUGGCGUGGGGCGCCGUGGCUACACGCAUCUUGAUGGCCGGGAUCAGACCCAGCUCUGCCACCAACUGGCUGGGUCCCCGGAGGCCGGUCACUGGACCCCAUUGUCCCUGUUCACCAUCUGCAACGUGCGUGACCCGAGGACCCCCUCACAGGUGGUCGUGAGGGCUGACCGAGUCGGUUUGUGUGGAGGACAGAGAACAGUGAGGCCAGCAGAAAAUCAAGAGCAUCAAGAAGAAGCUGAGGACUUCCCUGUUAGCGCAGUGGUUAAGAAUCCGCCUGCCAAUGCAGCAGACAUGGGUUUGAGGCCUGGUCCGGGAAGAUCCCACAUGCCACGGAGCAGCUAAGCCCGUGCGCCACAACUAUUGAUCCAGUGCUCUAGAGCCCGUGAGCCGCAAUUACUGAGCCUGUUUGCCACAACUGCUGAAGCCCGUGCGCCUAGAGCCCAUGCUCCGCAACAAGAGAAGCCACUACAAUGAGAAACCUGCUCACCACAACUGGAGAAAACCCGUGUGCAGCAACGAAGACCCAAUGCAGCCACAAAUAAAUUAAUUAAUUUUUUAAUUUUUAAAAGAUAAUAAUAGUAAACAUCACACUUUAGCUGGGCAGGAGUCAGAGUUUUAUUAUCAGUCUAGGCAAGACCAAAAAUUCAAAGCAAAUUCAAUUUUGCUUAAGGGAACAUUGUAAGGUAACAAUUCUUCAUAUUACAUGCCUCAUAUGACCCAUUUCAAACCAUAGAGAAUGACACCUUUAUGUGUCACUGUCCCAGGAGACAAACAAAUGUGAACAGCUAAAACAUUUAAAAGUGCACCAAGCUUCGGAAGUCUCAAACAAAACUUGAAUUUUCUGUACAUACUCCUGUCAAAUGAAGUUAUUUCCUGUACACCACUCCUCUUGCAAAGUGGUCUUCUAUUUCCUUUCAUUUGACCUAGAUCGGCUAGGAGACCUAGAGUAAGAUCGGGACGGCUUGGGAUUUCUUUCCUGGGACAGGGAUCUCUCUCUUCUCCUAUAUCUAGAAAGGGACCUGCUCUGGCUGAGG